ACGGUGACGUGACACGUGACCUGAAUCCUGCCCUGCGAUUGGCUGAAAACGCUCCUAUUUAGAUCCGGGGACAAGUUUAUUCCACCGUGUCAUGACAAUGCUGCUCAACAAGGUGCUCAGAACCGGCGUGCGCUCCGGGAUCCGUCUGCAGAGCUCCCACGCGGCUGCAGCCAGCGCCACCGCAUCUUCCAGCGGCCAUGCAUCCGCCCAAGGCUUCUCAUUCGAGCUGACGGACCAGCAGAAGGAGUUCCAGCAGCUGGCCAGGAAGUUUGCACGUGAAGAAAUCGUCCCUGCUGCUCCUGCUUAUGACAGGAGUGGGGAGUAUCCGUUCCCCCUCAUUAAGAAAGCAUGGGAGCUUGGUCUAGUGAACGGUCACAUCCCGCAGGAGUAUGGUGGAAUGGGUUUGUCGAUCUUUGACAGCUGCCUCAUCACUGAGGAGUUGGCUUACGGCUGCACUGGAGUGCAGACUGCCAUGGAGGCCAACUCGUUGGGACAAAUGCCCGUUAUUCUGGCUGGUAAUGAUGCACAGAAGAGGAAAUACUUGGGGAGGAUGACUGAGGAGCCUCUUAUGUGUGCGUACUGCGUCACGGAGCCCGGCGCAGGCUCUGAUGUGGCCGCCAUCAAGACCCGAGCUGUGAAGAAGGGGGACGAGUAUGUUGUUAACGGGCAGAAGAUGUGGAUCACAAACGGAGGGAAAGCCAACUGGUACUUCCUCCUCACCCGCACAAACCCAGAUCCUCAGUGUUCAGCUUCUAAAGCUUUUACUGGCUUCAUUGUGGAUGCCGACACUCCAGGAAUUCAGGUUGGAAGAAAGGAGAUGAACAUGGGUCAGAGGUGCUCUGACACCAGAGGCAUCACCUUCGAGGACGUCAGGAUCCCGAAGGAGAACGUCCUGAUCGGAGAGGGAGCGGGAUUCAAGAUCGCCAUGGGGGCCUUCGACAACACCAGGCCACCAGUGGCAGCAGGAGCCACAGGUCUGGCGCAGAGAGCCCUCGAUGAAGCCACCAACUACGCCCUGGAGAGGAAGACGUUCGGCCGACUCAUCGCUGAGCAUCAGGCCGUGUCCUUCCUCCUGGCUGAGAUGGCGAUGAAGGUGGAGCUGGCCAGGAUGGCGUACCAGCGGUCCGCCUGGGAAGUGGACCAGGGCCGCAGGAACACUUACUACGCCUCCAUCGCCAAGGCCUACGCCGGGGACAUCGCCAAUCAGGUGGCGAGCGACGCCGUUCAGAUAUUCGGCGGCAACGGCUUCAACAGCGACUACCCGGUGGAGAAGCUGAUGAGAGACGCGAAGAUCUACCAGAUCUACGAGGGAACGGCUCAGAUCCAAAGAAUCAUCAUCGGCCGGGAACAUCUGGGAAGAUUCAAGAAGUGAAACCCCCCACGUCCUGAUUUGUCCAUAUUUAGAUGCAUCUGUCGUAGCUUUUCAAUACAUCACACACGUUCUUAUAAAACAGAUCUGGCCACUUAAACUCAGGAUAAAGUUUUAACUUUUUUUUUUUUGCCUUUAAUGUUUCAUCCAGCCGUUCUUUUUUUUUUUUUGGGGACUCUGAGAAAAUCAAGAUCUGUGAGCUCAGAGGACGCACCCCCUCCCUGAUGCCAUAAAUCCUUCUGAAUGUACUUGGCAACUCAUUAAGUCACAAAAAAUGUUCUGUUUGCUUUACAUCAAGUAUUAAAUGUUGAGGCUCAAACACUGUAUCUACAGGAGGGGGAAAAAAAUAGCAUUAAACUGGAGCCAGAUACAUUUGGACACGUGUGACUUAAUAAGUUGACAUUAAAAGAUUUAAUUUAUGUGUAUGAGGCUGGACUGUCGAGUUCUGGGGAGCACGAGCAGCUUCAGCCUUUCACUUAUCAUCGUAAUGGUUUUGGUCACAGUUCUGAUUUGCUGUAAAAAUCAAAGAUGGUGAUUUCAUCUCUUCAUGCCUUAAUCUGCCUUCGAUAUCAAUACUCCGCCUCACCUUCUAACGCCUGUUCAAAAACAUCAAAUAAAUUGUUAAAUAAAAUGUACAAAUCCUUUUCUCAGCAGAAUGUGUGGAUAUAUAUAUAUUAAUAUAAGACUGCAUGGUGCCUGAAAGCAGAUUUGUAUCGGUUGCUGUUGGCUCUACAUUUAAAAGACGUCCAUCUUUACAGUGAAGUUGUGUAGAUAUAGGAGGUGCUGUAUCUGUAUGGGUGUAAUGUGUAGGCUGCUGUCACACUCUUGACAACCUGGAACUGUAUGCCAUCAAUUCAUUCAGUGUAAACUUUUCUUUUUGUGUGCAUUAAUGACUGAAAUAAAAUACAAUUCUCUUGUCUUCCUCA